AUGGCCGCCGUCAGGACCAGUCUGGCGAUCAUCCUGGUGCUGCUGUUCAUCAUCUCCGCGCCAACGAUCACCGCCCAGGACGCACCGGCACCCUUGCUGCCCGUCGACCCCUUCGGCGAAUGCGACGGUGGGAACGGCGGCGACGUGGGCACGGCGGUGCAGAUGAAGCAGAUCCUCAUCCAGGACUUGAUCGGCCAGGCGCCAGGCAAGCCGAGGAUGAACUACUGCAACGGGCUGCAGAUGAACGGGCUGCAGAUGUACGGGUACGCGGAGUGUGCGAUCCACGGCGCCCCCGGCGACGUGCCGGCCUGCCAACAGUGCUCGUCGGGGGUGGGUAGUUACCUGAUCCAAUAUUGCGACGACACGGGUGUGGGUCACGCCUGGGAUACGGCCGAGAGUGGUUGCUAUAUCAAGGUCGGGUUCUCCGUAGACGACGUUUGUCCCCCGGGAAGCAAUUAG